CUGUGGAGUCUGUGUUGGUGCGGCAGCGACGGCUCUAACCCUCGGGAUUACUUUGAGCCGCAGCAGUUCCUACCUUCGCUUGUAGAGCAAAAAAGACACCACUAUCCCAUGGGGCACACAAGCCACGUGACCAGCUCGGGUCAUGUGACUCCAGAGUCAGGCGGCUGAUGUGUGUUACCCUGGUAACUGUUGGGCCCUGCAGACCUUCCGGGAAAGCGCGGAAUUCAGACUCAGAGUGUUUCCAGUGUAAAUACUUGGGAAUGUUUACUGAGAGAAGUGAAAAUUCUUGAUUAUGGCUCACUAUUCCAGAGCAGAGCUGGAUGAAGAGUUUGAGCAGUUCAUGAAAGAGCUUUCAGAUGAUUCUUUUGAGAAUUCAAACAAAACACCUAGACAACCUGAAAGAAAAGUGAAGAAGAAAGAUGCAUUGCCAUGGUGGAUAACUGAAGAUGAUUCUGAAGAUGGUGGACUGCUUAGAACAAAUGUAAGCUAUUUGAAAGUGAAGAAGACUUCUCAGCCUAUUAUGGAAAUAGAAGAGGAGUCUCCUGAAAGGAUUCAGUUUCUUCAGAGCAGUGGAACCUCUGUCUUAAGUAUUGACAGCUUGGAAACAAAUGAGAUCAUAGUUUCUGAACUCAAUCAUAGUGUUCUUGGAUUGGGAUUGGACACAUUAGAGGAACAAGAGGAAAAGGAGCAAUUUUUUGCCAGGCUCGAGGAAGGCUUAACAUCUUCCAUUGAUUAUUCAAGAUUAAAUAAGGAAUUGGAUUCCAAUGACUCCACACAGUUUAAAACUUUACAUAGUCAAGCUAAUGUAGAACUGACUGAAGGUAAACAUGAUGAUGAAUCGAAACAUGAAGAACUGGCAGAAAAUUACAGCGAUGAUUUUGAAGAAGCUGCAGAGGAUAUUGAUGCACCUUUGAUGACUAAAGAAGAGACUAAUUCCAAAGAAAAUGCCAAAUCUGAAAAAACACAUGUACCCAAACAGGAAGAAGAGAAAACUGGCAUGCUGGCUAAUGUGGUACUGCUUGAUUCCUUAGACUCUGUUGCAGAGGUCAGCCUUGAUGAACAGGAUAGAGCAACUAAGCCAAAGUCCCUGCCGGAAAUGACUGAUAAUGAAAUGACAGGAACAGGUGUUUCUUAUGGACAAAGCAAUAGUGACAUUGAAGCUCUACAUCAGGCUUAUUGUCAUGUAGCCCAUUCUUUGGGAGAUACAGAUGAACAAAGAAUUGAGAGUAAUGCACUGGAAAAUAUCAAGAGCUCAGUGAAAGAUUAUCCUCAAGAAAAUGAAGAAGAGUCCUCUAAAAACAUCUCUACUACAGAAUCUGAUCUGCCCACAGUAGAGGAGUUGAUGAAACCUAUCAGAAUAGGUGUCAGUGGUUUUGAUUUACAGCCUGUCAGCUAUAAGAAACUGGCGGAUAGUGGAGAAACUGAAUUUGUUAGCCCUUUAUCCCUUAAGAGGAACCCAAAUAUUAUAUCUCAAGAACCACAAAAUGUAAACCAACUUUUUGACCAAAAUGAAGAGAAUGUGGUUUUACAAAAGACAACAAAUAAAGAUAGAGAAAAUAGCUGCCCAGGAGUAAAUACUACAGAAGAACAUAUAGAUAAAAUGUACCUUGAUAUUUUGAGGAAAAAAAUAUCUAUUGGUCCUCCAUUACUGCCUCAGGAUGGCAAAAUAAAUAAAACUUUUAGAUCUCAACUCAGUUCUGGAGAAGAAGGGGCUGUAACUGGUAAACAUGAACCAUAUAAGAAGGCCAGAAGUGCACCUCCUUUACUUAAAAGAAAACCCCAAAGUGGAUUAUAUGCAUCAGUUAGGAGCUCAGGCUAUGGCAAACCCAGUUCACCAUUCAAGACUUUAUCUGCUCUUGAAAAGAAAACUUCAAAGGACAUUAUGAAAAGUAAAACCUUGAGAUCCAUUCCUACUUCAAAUCAAGCUAGGAAAAAAGAAAUCUUAUCUGGAACAAAAGUCAUCAAGCCUGCAGCUCUGGGUAAACCAGCUCCCAAAACUGAAAGUUGCCUGGUCACUCCUAAGAAGGCUGAAGAUUCUACAGAAACUGAUUACUAUGUUCAGUUUCAGAAUGAUUCUUCAGGAUACUGUGGUGGGAACAAGGAGACAGAGUUAAUUAUGUGUAAAAGAGUUCAAGAAGCAGAGGAAAAAUGGAGGGGUGCACAAGCCCUAAUUGAGCAAAUUAAAGUUACAUUCUCAGAAAAAGAGAGAGAGCUGGAAAAUAAGAUGGAAGAACUAAGAAGACAACAGGAAAAAGAACUCUUCAGACUAAAUCAAGACAAUUAUAUUCUUCAAUCCAAGUUGAGUAGCUUUGAAGAAACAAACAAAAAGCAAAGAUGGUUACAUUUUGGAGAAACAGCUGAUCCUGUCACUGAUGAAAAGUUGAAGCAAAUUCAAAAAGAAAUACAAGAACAAGAGACACUUCUUCAAGGAUAUCAACAGGAAAAUGAAAGAUUGUAUAAUCAAGUGAAAGAUCUGCAAGAACAAAACAAGAAAAAUGAGGAACGAAUGUUCAAGGAAAACCAGAGUUUAUUCAGCGAGUUAGCUUCCUUAAAAGAACAGAUGCACAAAAGUCGUUUCCGAUCUGAAAUAGUUGAAGAUUCAGAGCCCACCAAAACCCAGAAUUUUACGGAUCUGUUAACAGAGCUACGGAUGGCAGAGAAAGAAAAAAAUAGUUUUUUGGAAGACAUCAAAAGACUGAAGCAAGACAAACAAGCUCUUGAAGUAGACUUGGAAAAAAUGAAGAAAGAGAGAGACCAAGCUAAAGAUCAGAUUGCUUAUGCCACAGGUGAAAAAUUAUAUGAAAUAAAAAUCUUAGAAGAAACACAUAAACAAGAAAUCAAUCGCCUGCAAAAAAGAUUACAAUGGUAUGCUGAAAAUCAGGAACUUCUGGAUAAAGAUGCAGUUCGGCUUAAAGAAGCAAAUGAAGAAAUUGAGAAGCUCAAACAGGAGGUUGAGAAACUGAAAGCUGAAUCUGGAAACCCAUCUAUUCAGCAGAAGAUACGUUUAAAAGAGAAAGCAGCUGAUGCCAAAAAAAUUCAGGAUCUAGAGCGACAAGUUAAGGAGAUGGAAGGAAUUCUAAAGAGAAGAUAUCCCAAUUCUUUACCUGCUUUAAUACUGGCUGCAUCAGCAUCUGGUGAUACAGUGGAUAGAAAUACAGUGGAUUUUAUGGAAAAAAGGAUAAAAAAACUAGAGGCUGAUUUGGAAGGCAAAGAUGAAGAAGCAAAGAAAAGCCUUCGUACCAUGGAACAACAGUUUCAAAAAAUGAAGAUCCAGUAUGAACAGAGACUAGAGGAGCAGGAGCAGCUGCUGGCCUGCAGAUUGAAGGAAGCACCCCAGAGCCACCCUGACAGCUCCUCCAGGGUCGAAGCACUAGAGAAGGAGCUCGACGACAUCAAGGAAGCCCACCAAAUCACUGUGAGAAAACUUGAAGCUCAAAUAGACAUUCUUAAAUACCAAAAUGCUGAAUUGCAACUCAAGAAAAGUGAUCAAGAUGAUAAUGAUUUCCAGUCUAUAGAAUUCCAGGUAGAACAGGCUCAUGCUAAAGCUAAACUGGUGAGACUCAAUGAGGAGCUGGCUGCGAAGGGAAGAGAAAUACAAGACCUUUCGAAAACUGUGGAGAGGCUUCAGAAGGAGAGAAGGGUGAUGCUGUCUAAUCAGAACUCUAAAGGUAGAGAGGAGGUGACUGCAAAAAGGGGGAAGAAAGAUGCUUUGCACUCAGGUAAAGGAAGUGCUCACUCAUUCCCUGGAACCCUAGAUGGCAAGCUUUACCAACCACAUACUUUUACUGAUUCCCGUGUUUCAGACGUUUUACAAGAAAACUGCACAUUGAAAAACGAACUAGAGAGAUUAAUUGCAGAGAGGAAUGAGCUAAAGAUGAAAUCUGAAGCAGCGGUGGCCCAAUUUGAAAAUUCCAUGAAAAGGGUCAAGGAAGAUACUGCAACACACAUUGCAUCUCUCAAAGCAUCUCAUCAGAGAGAAGUAGAGAAACUCCUUUGCCAAAAUGCAGUAGAAAAUUCUUCUUCCAAAGUAGCUGAACUAAAUCGUAAAAUAGCAACCCAAGAGGUACUUAUAAAACAUUUCCAAAAUCAAGUUAAUGAACUGCAGAGUAAACAGGAGUCUCUUGUAGUUUCUCAAGUUCGAGAAGAAGUCUUGCAGAAAGAGAUUACAAAACUCCUAGAAGAAUUAAGAGAAGCCAGAGAAAACCAUACACCAGAGAUGAAACAUUUCAUGGGCUUAGAAAAGAAAAUUAAACAGUUGGAAAUGAGGCAUGAGCAAAGAGAGCAGGAACUUCAGCAGAUAAUACAGCAAACUCAUCAAGUAGUAGAAACCGAGCAAAGCAAAGAAAUUGAGAAAUGGAAAAGACUUGCACAGUUGAAGAAUCGUGAGUUGGACAAGUUCCGCACAGAAUUAGACUCAAUAUUAGAUGUUCUUCGAGAACUGCACCGGAAGGGGGUGGUGGUGCCUGUUGCUUUUGCAGAUGAAGUGAAUGCACCAGAGUAUUACUAGCAACUGGGAUUUCCUGUGACCUCAGAAAAGGCCAGAUGAUGGAUGGUGAAUGGGAUUGUGCUGUCAGAAGAAGCCUUUUGAAAACGAAUGUUCCAGUAUGUUGCCAGAAAGCAAACAGUACAAGAGCAACAUUACAAAAUAAAUUUCCCUAAACCAGUAAAAGCAAACAAAACACA